AUGGUGUCCAUGCUCACCCACAGGUACCGUGGGCAUGUCCCGAACGUGGCGUUUUCCUUUGGAGACACGUAUGGAAAUGCCACCAUGAAAUAUUUCCAGGAUUUCCGAAGUGCAGCCAUGGAGACCAGCCACAGCCCCUAUAGCAAAGGGGGGCAGUUCCCUACCCUCUUCUCGCGUGACCCAGGCCUGGUGCUGGGUGCGAGGGCAAGAGGCUGGGACAGGUGGCUCCACACCCCAACCUCUUCCCGUUAUAAUCUGGAUUUCAACCGUGCAGCAGAACUAAAGGAGUUCCACCAGCUUGCCCAAAUGCAUCGUGCAUGUUACACCGACAAGACUGGGACGGUGCACCGGGUCCCAUACUUCGUCUUGCCCGUGAAGGAGAAAGACAAGUACCCUCACCCCCUUGACCUCCCACCGUUGAGCGCCAAGACCCUGUGGCACCUCCACCGGCUGUCUCCGGAAAACCUGAGGACCUUCCAGACUUUCCCAUCCGGGAAGAGGGUGACCUCGCAGGAGAGGGAAGUCCGAGACAGCUAUUUCGAGUACAGAGCCUGAGCGAACGCAGCACAGCUGCCCGUGGCCACCACCGUUGGAGCAUCGCUCGGGAGGAAGUGGAGAGUAGCCAGUAUUGGGGACCAGGGGAUGAUAAAGUUCAUGGUUUUGCUGUA